UGCGGGGCGUUGGUGCGGCUCCACCAUGUCGAAGGUGUCCUUUAAGAUCACGCUCACGUCAGACCCGCGGCUGCCCUACAAAGUACUCAGUGUUCCUGAAAGUACACCUUUUACAGCAGUCUUAAAGUUUGCAGCAGAAGAAUUUAAAGUUCCUGCAGCAACAAGUGCAAUUAUUACCAAUGAUGGAAUAGGAAUAAAUCCUGCUCAGACUGCUGGAAAUGUUUUUCUAAAGCACGGUUCAGAACUACGAAUUAUUCCUAGAGAUCGUGUUGGAAGUCAUUAAUACAUGCAACUUGGAGCACAGUUACCGACCAGAAUAAAUAUUGAUGUUUGUUGUUGCUGUAAAAUUGAAAUCAGGUAUUUAAGAUACUAUGAAAAUAACAAGAAUCAAAGAAACAAUGAACGGUGGCUCUUCUGUCCCUUGUUGUUCAUACUUUUCAUAUGAAGUGGGAAGCCUCAUGGGUGGAGGGCACGACCUCCAGAGAAGGUGGUACAGUUGAUGGUUGCUACCUCAUCACAAUUGAGAGUUCACUUGUGGCGAAUGGAUUAUCUGACUUGGCUAAUAAUUCGUAGCCAGAACAUUUUGAAAGUUAAAGUUCACUGUCACACUUGUAUUUGAGUUAAAAUAUAAAAGGAUUAUGGGUCAUGGAUGACAACUGACUUGAUAUUAUCUUACUUGCAAACUCAUAGUUUGAUUACUCUAUAGUCUGAUGACGUUAAUAGACAUUUCAGUGAAAAAAAUCUUAGUUUUUUAAGUUUCAACCUUAAUAUAUCCUAUAAAUUUUAAUUUCUCAUCAGGAAGCCAAAAGGUGAAUUUUUAAAUCUAUCCAUUGUAUCUAUAAAUAUUUU